CUUAUGACUGACGAGGAGCUGGAUGUGCUAUCGGAAACACAACCAACGGAAUAUCAGCUCUAUUUUGUCCCACUUGUUUGGGCUAUGAAUAUCAUUACAAAAGCUCGUCAGGAGGGGCACAUUCGUUUUGAUCGAGCUGUGGAAAUCCUGACCGAGGAGAUCACCUCAUUCCGUGGAAAAUUGGGUACAAUUUUCGCAUAUGAUUGGGUAAAUCCACCACUGGUGUACACACAGAUGGCAACAAUUGUUGUCUAUUCCUACUUCCUGGCAUGCCUGUUUGCGUGGCAGUAUUUGGAUCCAAGCAAAGGUUACCCCGGUUAUGACAUCGAUAUGUAUGUCCCGAUAUUCGGACUACUGCGAUUCUUCUUCUAUAUUGGAUGGUUGAAAGUUGCGGAAUCACUAAUCAAUCCAUUUGGUGAAGAUGUGGACGAUUUCGAGAUCGAAUAUCUGAUCGAGCGGAAUUUGAAUGUUUCCUAUCUAAUUGUGGACGAAAUGCAUCAUGAGCAUCCGGAUCUGGUCCGGGAUGCGUUUUGGGGCACGACAGAUGUCGCUUUGCCAGACUUUUUCAAGGGAACCGAGCCUGGUGCGGGUGAUAACGAACCAGCUGGGCCUGCAAACGAAGGUGAUCGGUUUACCGGAUCUUUGGCCAAACUUGAUCUGUCGGAGCGUAGGCCAAGUUUGGCGUUUUGGCGGGGUGCCAGUGCUUCCAAACCAUUUUUAUCAACAACUAGUCUAAAGUGA